ACAGUAUUAUGGAAGAUUUGGACAUGUGGGUCUUCCCUCUUUCUUCUUGAAUCAAUCUCAGCCGUCCAUACCACCCACCCCCUCUCUAUAUAUGACUCCAACCGCUCUUCUCUUUUUUGUCCCAAUCCCUUCCAUCCUUCAAUUCCUCCUAGCCAGCUAUAGCUCCUUCAUCACCAUCAUCAUCACCUUCUGCUUCUUCCUCCUCUCUACUUUCUUUGUAACUCUCACACGCAUUGCCCCUCCCUUAACACCAUCAAUGGCAUGCUUCCAUGUUUCCAAGGACAAGGAGGGUAAGCUGAAAGAUGAUGAAGAGAGGUGCACUCUUGAUGGAACUGUUGAUGGGCAUGGUCGACCAGCAAUCAGAGGGAAAACUGGAAAAUGGGUUGCCGGAAUCAUCAUUCUCUUGAAUCAAGGAUUAGCUACUCUUGCAUUCUUUGGAGUUGGGGUGAACUUGGUGCUGUUUCUGACUAGGGUGUUACAACAGAACAAUGCUGAUGCUGCCAAUAAUGUAAGCAAAUGGACAGGAACUGUCUACAUAUUCUCUCUAGUUGGGGCAUUCCUCAGUGAUUCCUACUGGGGAAGAUACAAAACUUGUGCCAUCUUUCAAGUCAUCUUUGUCAUAGGUUUGGUAUCGCUAUCCCUGUCGUCGCAACUUUUCUUAAUCAGACCUAAUGGUUGCGGGGAUGAACAGACCUCCUGUAGAUCACACUCAAGCUCAGAGAUUGCAUUGUUUUAUCUCUCCAUUUAUCUUGUUGCCCUGGGAAAUGGGGGUUAUCAGCCUAAUAUUGCUACCUUGGGAGCUGAUCAGUUUGAUGAAGAGGACCCUAAAGAGAGCCAUUCCAAAGUUGCCUUCUUCAGCUAUUUCUACCUAGCUCUGAACCUAGGUUCCCUCUUCUCAAACACCAUAUUGGGUUACUUUGAGGAUGAAGGGCUGUGGGCUUUGGGGUUUUGGGUGUCUGCAGGCUCUGCCUUUUCAGCGCUAGCUAUGUUUCUCAUUGGAACGCCGAGGUACAGGCACUUCAAGCCCAGUGGUAACCCGCUCUCCCGAUUUUGCCAAGUGAUAGUCUCUGCAACGAAGAAAUGGAGGGCUGAGAUGACACUGGAUGGAGAUGACUUCUAUGAAGUAGAUGGAAAGGAGUCUUCCAUGAAUGGUUGUAGAAAGAUACUCCACACCGAUGGAUUUAAAUUCUUGGACAGAGCAGCAUACAUUUCCUCAAGAGAUUUAGAGGACCAGAAGAAGGGUCUUCGCAACCCGUGGCAACUCUGCCCAAUUUCACAAGUUGAAGAGGUGAAAUGCAUAUUGAGACUACUGCCCAUUUGGCUGUGCACGAUAAUCUACUCUGUGGUCUUCACACAAAUGGCCUCCCUCUUUGUAGAGCAAGGGGCCGCCAUGAAGACCACUGUUGCAAACUUCCGAAUCCCUCCUGCAAGCAUGUCGAGCUUUGACAUUCUCAGUGUAGCAGCUUUCAUUUUCAUCUAUCGGCGAGUUCUUGACCCGCUUGUGGGCAGAAUAAAGAAGACAGAUUCAAAAGGACUGACAGAACUUCAAAGAAUGGGGAUUGGUCUUGUUAUAGCAGUAAUUGCAAUGAUCUCUGCAGGGAUUGUUGAGUGUUACAGACUAAAAUAUGCUAAUAAGGAUUGCACACACUGUGAAGGCUCCAGCUCAUUGAGCAUCUUCUGGCAAGUCCCUCAGUAUGCAUUUAUAGGAGCUUCUGAAGUUUUCAUGUACGUUGGUCAAUUGGAGUUCUUCAAUGCCCAAGCACCUGAUGGGCUAAAGAGCUUUGGAAGUGCGCUCUGUAUGACAUCGAUCUCGCUAGGGAACUAUGUGAGCAGCUUGCUUGUGACUAUGGUUAUGAAGAUCUCGACUGUGGAUCACAUGCCAGGGUGGAUCCCAGGAAACCUUAACAAGGGUCAUUUGGAUAGGUUCUACUUCCUCCUAGCUGCAUUGACAUCCAUCAAUCUACUUGUCUACAUGGCAUGUGCCAAGUGGUACAAGAAUAUCAAAUUGGAGGGAAAAUGCGGGAGGAAUGAUGAAAAAGAUGAUGAUCUGAAGUACAUGAUAUGACAAUAUUGAUUACAUUUAGGCUUACAGUAGCAAGACAUAAAUAAAGGGGGGAAGAUUGGGAAGCCACAAACACUUUGUAGAGACUCUGAAGAAAGAUAAGAUAGGUGGGGAGAGAGAGAGAGAACCUUCAGCACUCAACUCUCUGCUGCCCAUCUCUAGAUUUCUUAAUGUAUGUAUUCAUCAGUGUAGCUCUUGUCCAAUUUGUUGUUCGAGCUGAAGAGUAGAUAUGUGAGGGAGUGGGUUACUUUUGCUCUAAGAUCUUCUGGAUCUUCCCACUUCAUCCUUCUUGGUUGUCUCUAGCCAUAAAAUUUACAUGGUGCUAGCCAUAAAAUCAAAUCUAAAGUUAAUUUUAAUUUAGCUGGCUCUGUUUCUAGUCUUGUAAUAAAUUUCUAGUUAUGAGAAUUGCUCUUUCAACA